UGUGCGAGGCCUUCGCAACCGUUCCCGACAUCGUGUCCGCAACGACGACCCGGGCGGCCAUCCGAGAACCCUAGAUCUCCGCCCCUCCUGGGCCUCGGUCGGGUCCCGCAUUGCCGAUCGACGGUGGCUUCUCCCAUUCCCGGGUCGCCGAUCUCGCGGGCGAUCGGUGGUCGCCGCGGGCGCGCCGCUUGAUCUCGACGCCGUGGAUCUCGUUUGAGUUCCGGCCCGUAGCGCGGAGUGGCGGGGAUCGUGAUGCGUCGGGGGACCUGAAAGUUGGGUUCUCGGCCGGUUUUGGCGCGUUUUGGUAUUCGAGUCGUGAAUCUCGUUGACGAAGAAUUCCCGUUUGCGAGAUGGAUUUGUCUGAUGUUAGCGAGGAGCUGGCUCUUAUCGAGGGGCAGAUCAACGAUGUCUUUCGGGCUUUAUCAAAUGGGUUUCAGAAACUGGAGAAGAUCAAAGACCCAAAUAGACGGAGUCGGCAGUUAGAAGAAUUGACUGACAAGAUGAGGGAAUGCAAGAGGCUUAUCAAAGAGUUUGAGAGAGCCGUGAAGGAAGAGGAGAGUCGAAAUACUCACAACACGAACAGGAUGCUGAACGAGAAAAAGCAAUCAAUGAUCAAAGAACUGAACUCUUAUGUUGCUCUGAAGAAGCAGCAUGCAAGUGAAAACAAACGAAUUGAUCUUUUUGAUGGCCCUGGGGGCGGAGAUGUGUUUGCAGAAGAAAAUGUUCAAUUGGCAUCAUCUAUGACCAAUGAACAAUUGAUAGAUUCUGGACACCGUAUGAUGGAUGAAACAGAUCAGGCAAUUGAACGAUCAAAGCAGGUUGUUGAAGAGACUAUCAAUGUUGGAGCAGAGACAGCGGCUGCUUUGAAGGCACAGACUGAGCAAAUGAGUAGAAUUGUGAAUGAAUUGGAUUCGAUCCAUUUUUCAAUGAAGAAGGCAUCCCAACUGGUGAAGGAACUUGGCAGACAGGUUGCAACUGAUCGAUGCAUAAUGGCAAUGCUUUUCCUGAUCGUCAUUGGUGUUGUAGCAAUCAUAAUUGUGAAGGUGGGUCGUUUAUUUUCUUUUCUGCUUUCAAGCAUCUUUUAUGGUCUUUCUUCUACUAUGAUACUACCAUUGCAUCUUCAUGUAUUCUUUAAGUGUUUCUGUUGCCUUGGUUGAAGAUUCCGCUAAAAUCAAUUGGGACUGGGGCUUUCAACAUUUAAACAAGACCCAUUCUGAGCCACAAUAUCAUUUACUUGGGUGAUCCAAAAAAGUGUUUUUCAAGUCCUGCAAAAUAAAAAGAAAAGAUGUGCUUAAUUCCAACCAAUAUAGUGUCUGGGAGGGUCAAUGUACACAAUAUUUCCUCUAAACAUAAGAGGUUAUUUUCGUGACUCAAAUCAUAUUUUCCCAUAUCGCAAAGGCCCACCCUUUUAAUUGUUUCAUGAGACAUAAUUAUUAUUUUAUUGAACUAGAUCAUGCAGAUUGUUUCCAAAGAUUAUUGUAAUGAUGCCUGUUAUGGGUUCAAGCUACUAAUUGUUAUUAUAUUUGCAUAACAUGCUAUAGAUCGUUGAAGAUAGAUUUUUACCUGUUAUGUUGGGAGGAGAAAAGAUGAAGCUA